CAGUGGCAGGAAGUAUCUGGAGUGAGAAGUACCUUUUAAAAGCUAGAAGCCCCCCUCUGCGUGGUGUAGGGUGUUCACGCAUGUGUGCCUGGAAGGUCUCAGAAGAUCAGCCCAACACAAUGCAGAUGUGAGCUCCGUUUGAGAAUUAUGGAUUUCAAUAGCUUGACUUUCAUCAUGAGUUCCGAGUUAAAUGUCCCUGUAGACCCUCCUUCUUCUACCUGUUGUGCUGAGCCCACCGGCAAGGGCAUGGAUUACCGGGACUGGGUCCGUCGUAGUUAUCUGGAGCUGGUCACCUCCAAUCAUCACUCUGUUCAGGCCCUUUCAUGGAGGAAGUUAUACUUGAGUCGAGCCAAGUUGAAAGCUUCCAGCCGGACCUCUGCCCUCCUCUCUGGAUUUGCCAUGGUGGCAAUGGUUGAAGUCCAGCUUGAGAUGCAGUACCAGUAUCCCCCAAUGCUGCUGAUUGCCUUUAGUGCUUGCACCACCAUUUUAGUUGCUGUCCAUCUCUUUGCUCUACUUAUCAGCACUUGCAUCUUGCCUAAUGUGGAAGCAGUGAGUAACAUCCACAACCUGAACUCUAUCAGUGAGUCUCCCCAUGAACGUAUGCAUCUAUACAUAGAGUUGGCAUGGGGUUUUUCCACUGUUUUGGGCAUCCUUCUCUUUCUUGCUGAGGUGGUCCUCCUAUGCUGGAUCAAAUUCCUGCCAGUGGACUCUGCGUUGAGAAAUGAUAGCACUGUUAUCCAGAAGACCAGCCAGCAUACAGGCUGGCAUGCGGCCCUCAUCUCUACUAUAAUUAUGGUUCCCGUGGGGAUCAUCUUUGUUGUCUUCACGAUCCAUUUCUACCGGUCGCUUGUCCUCCACAAAACAGAACGCCACAACCGAGAGAUUGAAGAGCUCCACAAAUUGAAAGUGCAGCUAGAUGGGCAUGACAGGGGUUUGCAAGUUGUGUGACAAACAAAUGCCUUUUUAUUCCUACGUUCAUGUUCAGCUGAGGGUUCUUUUAGCAGAGCAGCAGAAAGGCAUGAUAGGCUGUUUAGAAUCCUAUCUUUCUCUGAUGUCAAAAAUUUGGCUGCUUUUCAUUGAGGCCAAGAUCAACUUCCCUUCGGUUCUUCAUCCUGCAGCCAACAUAACCAUGUUUAUAAAAUUGAAGGCUACUUACAUCUGGGCAGUUAUUCUUUCCACUUCCAUAACUUGAAAACAGCCUAUCUAGCUGCAUGGUUGUGAUGCAUUUUAAUUGCUGCUCUUUGUAGUAUUUUUUUGAGGAAAUGCAUGGAGUAAGGGAAAAGUCUGGGUGCCACUGCUCUCCUCUUACUGGCAAGGUUUACAGGCAUUGCUUUGGGAAUGAGUUUGUACAUCGUCACAUGCAAAUAGAUGCUAUGGAAAUUGUGAAAUGUGUCUGCUUUGCGAUUUCACACCCAGGGAGUAUUUCUGGAUUACCAACAAGGAUAGAUUCGGAUUGAGCCAAGAAUUUUUACCCUGCCUGCAUUAUUUUUCUUCGUUUAUUAUUUCAUAUUGCUUCUAUAAAGUAUUUUUUCGCAAGAAAAAAGAAAAAACAGCCCUUAGCCCAGAAAUCCCCAUGUUUUUGGUUAAUCAGAAUUUUGGGGAAAGUACAGCAGUACUUUUUCUUCUUAAAUGCUAAUUAUAAAAGAAAGAUUUAAAAGAGGAAUAUACAGUACAUUAAAUUUAGAAAUCUCCUCUGAUUGCACAACAGUUGUAUGUGUAAGGUUGUAAUUUAAAAACAACACAGCCCUGGAGACACAAUUUGUUACGCUGCAGGAGGCCUCCAAGCUGAUACUAUUCUCCAAUAUCAGAAGACAGCUGGAAUGUAAAGUACAAAUUCUGAUUAAUGCACAAAGUUGUUUUACGAUGUAGAAAUACUGUAGUGGUGACAUAAUAUGGAUAGUAUUUGGAAAAGGCCUUUUUACAAGUCCAAGAAUCCUUGUUCAAAGGAUUCACAGCAGUUCUGUGUGUUCACAGAAUUCUAACUUAGUGAAAUGUGGAUGAUUUCAUUUAGCUCUAUUCAGUGUGGGAAAAUUAAAUUUUACCUUAUGUAUUCUAAUUUAAUAAGAGUUGAUUGUAGCAGGUAUCUUUCAAAACGUGUGCCCUAUAUUCACAUACAUCAAUAUCCUAUUUCACACACCUUACAGUAUAUAUAUAUUCAAAAAUUACUGUAUUUUGCAAAUAAGAGGAUAAUUGUAUGAUGAAUUACAAAGACAAAAUUUCCCCAAAGUUUUUUCUUAUGUAAAUUUAGGGAUACUUUGAAAAGGAAAAAUAGAAUAUAAUCAUAAAAUAUAAUCUCUGCUGGUAAAUUGUUCAAAGGUAAUACGUCAUCCCUUACUUUUGCUUGCCAGAUAUAUUUGUUUUAGUAUAAUUAAUAUAUAUAUAUAUAUAUAUAUAUAUCCAUUGUAUAUGUAUUUUCUGCAAAAGACAUAUUAGUUGUGAAGCUACAUAAAAUACCAGUUUUGGAUACUUCAAAACAACUUUUGUACUGCUUUUUUUAAUCUCUUGUCAUUAAUGAUUUAAAUAACAUGUGUAUUGGAGAUGGUGUGAGUAUUUGUGUAUCUUCAAAUUAGGCCUAAAUCACAAGUCUGAUCUAUAGCUGGUAAUUGAGAUUCUCUGAAAACUGCAGUACAACAAAUAGAUUAUAUGCAAUAUUUACAUGGCAAUAGAAGAGCCAUAUAUUCCUGUAGUUAAAAAAAAAGUUUCUUAGAGCAGUUGAUUGGAUCUGGAUUAAGUUCCACUUUAGUUUCAUUACAAUAAUUGGGACAAGCUAGCCACAAUGUCCUUUGUUAUCAGCAGGGCUGAAAUCUAGCACAAUCUAUUCCACAGUAUAUGCAGCCCAGUGUAAUCAAGCAAACUAACUGUAAACUCUAAUUUAGGUUUGCGUCAAAUAUUGCCCAAGAACAUGGCUAUCAAGUAUAUUUUUUUAAAAAAAUUAUAUGUGACUCAAUUUAGAUGGAAUAAGAUGAGAAGAAAAAAAAUAAAAAUACUGUACAGUAUGGAGAUUCUUAGUCAUGGUUGUCCCAAAGGUGCUCCUCC